UCGGUACGGCACGUGAAGUGUAUUCUCAACAGACCGCUGAAAUCAGUCUUCAAGAGGGUCUGUCUCUUGGCUGUGGAGACAGCGGUGUAUCUCAAUACACCUCAGUUGAAAUCUGUGUCUGCUGCCCAGUCACACCUCCUCUGUGUCGUUCCCGCGGUGACAUUACAGGACCGUCUUUGAAACUCAAGAGGCAACACGACAUUUUUCGUUCUAAACUUUAUUUUUUCCUGUUACGUUUUAUUUUAACUUCAUGUAUUUGUAGGUAUAGGUGAUAGUGGAAAAUGCGCUCCGUGUAGCCAUUCUUGAGAUUUAUUCCAUCGGAUUAAAUAACAACACAUUGGAAAAUUAGACAAAAAGUUUGUUUAGGAUGUGGACCAAGAGGAUUUUUUCGUGCUUGGUUGGACUGGUGGCGUUGACGGGUUUUCUCGUAGUAAAAGUAACAGGACAAGACCCUCCAACUCUCGGGAGGAAAACGCUUCUCAAGGUGGAUGGAGAUCAGACGGCUGCCUCAAAUCGAGUGAGGAGAAGAGGAAAACAGGAGUCCCUACGAGGGCCCAAUGUGUGUGGAUCACGUUUCCACUCCUACUGUUGUCCAGGCUGGAAAACCUUGCCCGGGGGCAACCAGUGUAUCGUGCCCAUUUGCCGGAACAGCUGUGGAGAUGGAGAUGGAUUUUGCUCACGGCCCAACAUGUGCACAUGUCCCAGUGGCCAAAUUGCACCAACCUGUGGCACAAAGUCCACCCAGCAGUGUAACAUCAGGUGUAUGAACGGUGGCCUCUGUGCCGAGGACCACUGUCAGUGUCAGCAGGGCUUCUCAGGCUCCUACUGUGGACAACCCGUCUGUGAUAGUAAGUGCCAAAACGGCGGGCGCUGCAUUGGACCCAACCGGUGCGCCUGUGUCUACGGGUUCACUGGGCCCCAGUGUGAGAGAGACUACAGGACAGGCCCGUGCUUCACCAAGGUCAGCAACCAGAUGUGCCAGGGCCAGGUGAGUGGCAUCGUGUGCACCAAGACCCUGUGCUGUGCCACGGUGGGGCGUGCCUGGGGACACCCCUGCGAGAUGUGUCCGGCCCAGCCCCAGCCAUGCCGCCGAGGCUUCAUCCCCAACAUACGCACCGGAGCCUGCCAGGAUGUUGACGAGUGCCAGGCCAUCCCGGGACUCUGCCAGGGAGGAAAUUGCAUCAACACCGUGGGUUCGUACGAGUGCAAGUGUCCAGCUGGCCACAGGCAGAAAGAGGGCUCCCAGAAGUGCGAGGAUGUGGAUGAGUGUGUCACCAUUUCCCGCAUUUGUGACGGGGGACAGUGUUUCAACUCGGUGGGAAGUUACUCUUGUGUUUGUCCCUCUGGCUACAUCCCAUCUCCUGACAAAACUCGCUGCGUUGACCAGCAGGCAGGCUCGUGUUUCGGGGGUCUGCUAAACGGCCGCUGUGCCCAGGAGCUGCCCGGCCUCUUCAGCAAGGCCACAUGCUGCUGUGACAGUGGACGCUGCUGGGCACGAGGGGCACUGCCUGAAAUAUGCCCCGCCCGACGAUCAGAGGAGUACCGCCGGCUGUGUGUCCAAGGAGUCCUACCCUACCCAGAUGGAGACUUUGGAGGGAGACCCAACCCCAUGAAUCCUCUAAAUCCUUUGAUCCCUCAAACACCCAAUGGUGGCUAUGAUCCAUCUAGACCCAUCCAGGCCCAAUGGCCAGACUUAGGCACAGCGACUCUGAACCAGACGAUAAACGUCUGUAAGCAGCUGCCCAACCUGUGUCUGCACAGUCGCUGCAUCCUCGUGGGCUCUAGCUACCGCUGCGAGUGCAAUAACGGCUACACCCUGGACACUCGCCAAGAAUGUGCAGAUGUAGAUGAGUGUUCCUCCGACCCGUGCCCCAAUGGGGACUGUGUGAACACGGCCGGUUCCUUCUACUGCAAGUGCCACACAGGGUACCAAAGAAAUUCAGAGAAGCAGGUCUGCAUCGACAUUGACGAGUGCCUGCACAACGGGGUUCUGUGUAAGAACGGCCGCUGUCUCAACAUGGAUGGAAGCUUCCAGUGCAUCUGUAACGCAGGCUUCCUGCUAACCCCAGACGGCAGGAACUGUGUCGACCACGACGAGUGCGCCGGCACCAACAUGUGUCUGAACGGCAUGUGUAUCAAUGAGGACGGUAGCUUCAAGUGCCUGUGCAAACCCGGCUUCACCCUGGCUUCCAGUGGGCGCUACUGCACAGAUAUUGAUGAGUGUCAGACUCCAGGCAUGUGUAUGAACGGCCGCUGUGUCAACACUGAGGGCUCCUUCAAGUGUGAGUGCCUGGCAGGGCUGGCUGUGGGGGCGGAUGGACGCUUCUGUGUAGACACACACAUGCGCAGCACCUGCUACGGCGCCAUAAAGAAGGGUGUGUGCGUGCGUCCCUUCCAGGGAGCCGUCACCAAGUCGGAGUGCUGCUGUGCCAACACCGAGUACGGCUUCGGAGAGCCCUGUGUGUCUUGCCCAGCCAAGAACUCAGCUGAGUUCCAGGCUCUGUGUGGAAGUGGAAUCGGCUUCUCUGUGGAUGGAACAGACAUCAAUGAGUGUGCACUGAACCCAGAGAUCUGUCCCAAUGGAGUGUGUGAGAACCUAAGAGGCAGUUUCCGUUGCUUCUGUAACACUGGCUACGAGUCUGACGACACGGGCAAGACCUGUGUGGACAUUGACGAGUGCAUGGUGAACCGGCUCCUCUGCGACAACGGACUGUGUCGGAACAUUCCAGGCAGUUACAGCUGCACCUGCCCCAAGGGCUACCUCUUCAGGCCGGACUCUGAGACAUGCGAAGAUGUGAAUGAGUGUGAAAACCGCCCCUGUUCUAACGGACAGUGUAGGAACACAGCCGGCUCCUUUGCCUGCGAGUGCUCCCCUGGGAGCAAGCUGGACACCACAGGACUCAUCUGCAUUGACAGCCUGAAGGGGACCUGUUGGCUGAAUAUCCAAGAUGGCCGCUGCGAGGUCAACAUCAACGGCGGCACCCUCAAGUCAGAGUGCUGUGCCACCCUGGGCGCUGCCUGGGGAAGUCCCUGUGAGCAGUGUGAGAUAGAUUCCAUCUGUUCAAGGGGCUACGCCAGGCCGCGAGGAGUCAAAUGUGAAGAUGUGAACGAGUGCGUGGUCUUCCCAGGUGUGUGUCCCAAUGGGUACUGUGUAAACACCAAGGGCUCCUUCAAGUGCCAGUGUCCUGAUGGUCUCACACUGGACUCCAGUGGCCGAGUGUGUGUGGACGUGCGGUCUGAGCACUGUUACCUGACGUGGGAAGAGGACUCGUGUGCCAAGCCCGUGCCUGGCCGUUUCCGCAUGGACGCCUGUUGCUGCACGAUGGGCGCCGCCUGGGGGAAGGAGUGCGAGGCGUGCCCCCUGCCUGGCACUUCCGAGUAUGACACCCUCUGCCCCCGAGGCCCAGGCUUCGCCAACCGAGGAGACGUCCUCACCGGAAGGCCCUUCUAUAAAGACAUCAAUGAGUGUAAGGUGUUCCCCAGCAUGUGUGUCCAUGGAAAGUGUCGCAACACCAUAGGCAGUUUCAGGUGCCACUGUGCCGGAGGAUUUUCCCUCGAUAUGGAAGAACGCAACUGCACAGACAUAGAUGAGUGUCGUAUCUCUCCGGACCUGUGUGGCCAAGGGGUUUGUGUCAACACUCCGGGUAGUUUUGAGUGUGAGUGUUCCGAGGGCUAUGAGAGUGGCUUCAUGAUGAUGAAGAACUGCAUGGACAUAGACGAGUGUGAGCGGGAACCGUCCCUGUGUCGUGGGGGGUCUUGUGAGAACACAGAGGGCAGCUACGAGUGUGUUUGCCCCCAGGGACACCAGCUCACUGUGGACGGGGCAGCGUGCGAGGAUUACAACGAGUGCGAGCAGAGCGUCAGCUUGUGUCGGAACGGCCAGUGUGUGAAUGUGGCCGGUACCUACCACUGCUCAUGUGACUCUGGUUACCAAGCAACUCCUGACAGACAGAGCUGCAUAGAUAUUGAUGAGUGUACCAUUGAGAAUGGCGGCUGUGACCUGCACUGCACCAACUCAGAGGGGAGUUAUACGUGUAGCUGCAACAAUGGCUAUGCACUGAUGACAGACGAGAGAAGCUAUUCAGAUGUGGAUGAGUGUGAGCAGGAGCCUGACAUAUGUGACGGAGGACAGUGCACUAACAUCCCAGGGGAUUACCACUGUCUGUGCUACGACGGCUUUAUGGCUGCCCUGAACAUGAGGCUCUGCAUAGAUGUAAAUGAGUGUGACCUGAACGCCAACAUCUGUAUGCACGGCGAGUGUGAGAACACCAAGGGAUCAUUCAUCUGCCACUGUCAGCCUGGCUACUCAGUCAAGAAGGGAACUUCCGGAUGUACAGACAUGGAUGAGUGUGAGAUCGGGGCUCACAACUGUGACGUCAACGCCAACUGUAUCAACACCCCCGGGGACUUCCACUGUUCCUGUCGUGUCGGCUGGGUGGGCAACGGAGUCAACUGUAUAGAUAUGGAUGAGUGCACCAAUGGGACAAGCCACUGCAGUGCUAACGCCAAGUGUCUGAACACACCCGGCUCCUACCGCUGCGCCUGCACUGAGGGCUUCACUGGAGACGGCUUCACCUGUUCAGACGAGGAUGAGUGUGCAGAGAACGUGAAUCUGUGUGAGAACGGCCAGUGUCUCAACACCCUGGGGGGUUACCGCUGUGAGUGUGAGAUGGGCUUCACCCCUGCCCUGGACAGACGCACCUGCCAAGAUAUUGACGAGUGUACCUUCCAGAAUAUCUGUGUGUUUGGCACGUGUAAGAACAUUCCCGGCAUGUUCCGCUGUAUCUGUAACCACGGCUAUGAGCUGGACCGCUCCGGAGGCAACUGCACAGACGUGGACGAGUGCCAGGACCCCAUCAACUGUGUGAACGGGCUGUGUGUGAACACCGACGGCUCUUACGAGUGUAACUGUCCUCCGGACUUUGAACUCAACCCUACAGGGGUGGGAUGUGUAGACACACGUGUGGGGAACUGUUUCCUGGAGCAUGGACCCAGGGGUGACAGACGGUCCUGCAGUGUGGAGGUGGGAGUGGGAGUCAGCCGCUCCUCCUGCUGCUGCUCCCUGGGGCGUGCCUGGGGAAACCCCUGUGAACUCUGCUCUGCUCCCAACACCUCGGACUAUAAUACACUCUGCCCAGGAGGAGAGGGUUUCAGGCCCAACCCAGUCACCAUCAUACUAGAAGACAUAGAUGAGUGUUUGGAGCUGCCAGGCCUGUGUCAGGGAGGAAACUGUGUCAACACGUUUGGCAGCUUCUCGUGUGACUGUCCUCCUGGCUACUACCUCAACAUAGACAGUCGCAUCUGUGAAGACAUUGACGAGUGUGUGGUGAAUCCUGUAAUCUGCGGUCCUGGCACCUGCUACAACACACUGGGGAACUACACCUGUGUGUGUCCACAGGAUUACAUGCAGAUCAACGGGGGAAACAACUGCAUGGACAUGAGAAAGAGCCUGUGCUACAGGAACUUCAACGGCACAACGUGUGAGAACGAGCUGCCCUUCAACCUCACCCACAAGAUCUGCUGCUGUGCCUAUAACGUGGGCAAGGCCUGGAACAAGCCCUGCGAAGCCUGCCCAACCCCCGGGACUGGUGACUAUAAGACACUUUGUGGAAACAUCAUCCCUGGCUUCAAACUGGAUAUUGAAACUGGGAAAGCAGUGGAUAUUAAUGAGUGCAGAGAAAUUCCAGGUAUCUGUGCUAGCGGGGUCUGUAUCAACCAGAUAGGGAGCUUCCGCUGCGAGUGUCCCACCGGCUUCAGCUACAACGACCUGCUGAUCAUCUGUGAAGACAUCGAUGAAUGUAGCAGUGUGGAGAACCUGUGCCAGAGGAACGCUGACUGUAUCAACAGCCCUGGGAGCUACCGCUGUGAAUGCUCAGAGGGCUUCAAUCUCUCCCCCAUAGGAGCCUGCAACGACCGCAAUGAGUGUCUGGAGAUCACCAACGUGUGUAGCCAUGGCGAGUGUGUAGACAUCCAGGGGGGCUACGAGUGCAGGUGCCACCACGGCUUCAAGGCUACGCCCAACCGCAAGAUGUGCACGGAUGUUGAUGAAUGCGAGCGGUUGCCUUGUCGCAACGGAACCUGCAAGAACACAGUGGGCUCCUUCAACUGUCUGUGUCACACCGGGUUUGAGUUCUCACACCACAACGACUGCAUGGAUAUUGACGAGUGUCAGACAUCCUUUGGCACGCUGUGCAGGAAAGGCCAGUGUAUCAACAGUGUGGGCUCCUUCCAAUGUCUGUGUGAGGAGGGCUACAAGCUAACCCCCGAUGCCAAGAAUUGUAUGGAUGUGAAUGAGUGUAUGAUCUUCCCCGGGACCUGCACUCCUGGAACCUGCCAGAACCUGGACGGCACCUUCCGCUGUCUCUGUCCCCCGGGCUACAUAGUCCAGAACGAGAAGUGUAUAGACGUCAACGAGUGUGAAGAAGACCCUAACAUCUGUCUGUUUGGCUCCUGCUUCAACAACCCGGGCAGUUUCCAGUGUGUGUGCAGGCCUGGCUUCAUACUGUCUGAUAACAGUCGCAGGUGUUACGACACCAGAGAGAGUUACUGCUUCACCCGCUUUGAGAACGGCAAGUGUUCGGUGCCUCAGGCCUUCAACACCAGCAAGGCAAAGUGUUGCUGCAGCACCAUGCCCAAGGAGGGCUGGGGAGACCCCUGUGAACUUUGUCCCAAGAAGCAGGACGUGGCGUUCCAGGACCUGUGUCCCUUCGGCCAUGGCAUAAUCCCUGGGACUGGAGACACACGCAUAGACUUGAAUGAGUGUGUGGAGAACCCAGGCAUCUGUAACAAUGGACACUGCAUCAAUACAGACGGCUCCUUCCGCUGCGAGUGUCCAAUAGGCUACACUCUCAACUACACUGGAGUACACUGUAUCGAUGUUGACGAGUGUUUGGUGGAGAACCUCUGUGGCAACGGAACGUGCUCUAACGUGAUUGGAGGGUUCGAGUGUAACUGUGAGGAGGGCUUUGAGCCAGGCCCCAUGAUGACCUGUGAAGAUGUCAACGAGUGUGCAGUCAGCCCCCUACUGUGUGCAUUCCGCUGCAUCAACACCUUCGGAGGAUACGAGUGCAUGUGUCCCGGUGGCUACACUCUGAGAGAGAACCAGAGGAUGUGCCAGGAUCUGGAUGAGUGUUCCGAGGGGCUCCACGACUGUGAGUCCAGAGGCAUGACCUGCAAGAACCUCAUCGGCACCUUCAUGUGUGUGUGCCCGCCGGGGAUGGUGCGGCGCCUGGACAACGAAGUGUGCGAGGAUGAGAAUGAGUGUCGUAGCAAGCCGGGCAUCUGUGAGAAUGGUCGUUGUAUCAACACGAUAGGCAGCUACAUGUGUGAGUGUGGAGGCGGAUAUGAGUCUGACUCUACACGGACACAGUGUCUCGACUACAGGGAGGGCUUCUGCUUCACCGAGGUGCUCAUGACUAUGUGCCAGAUGUCUUCCAGCAGCCGGACCCCCACCACCAAGUCCCAGUGCUGCUGUGACGGAGGCCGCGGCUGGGGUAACCAGUGUGAGCUCUGUCCCCUGGCUGGCACGGCAGGCUACAGGAAGCUCUGUCCCCACGGCCCGGGAUACGCCACCGACGGCAUGGAUAUAGACGAGUGUAAGGUAAUCCCUGACACGUGUAAGAAUGGACGCUGCAUCAACACUAUGGGAUCCUACCGCUGCCACUGCAAACUGGGCUACACCUCCACCAUCACUGGAACGGCCUGCGUGGAUCUGGAUGAGUGUGUCAUGUCCCCCAAGCCGUGUAAUUUCAUCUGUAAGAACACCGAGGGGAGUUACACUUGCUCCUGUCCCCGUGGUUACGUGCUCCAAGAGGACGGCAGGACCUGCAAAGAUUUGGACGAGUGCCAGACCAAGAGGCACAACUGUCAGUUCAUGUGCGUCAACACCGUGGGCGGAUUCACCUGCAAGUGUCCCCCUGGCUUCACCCAGCACCACACUGCAUGCAUAGAUAAUAAUGAGUGUGUCGGGGAACCCUCCCUGUGUGGCACCAAGGGCAUCUGUCAGAACUCCCCUGGUAGCUUCAACUGUGCGUGCCAGCGGGGUUACGAACUGGACGACACCGGACUGCACUGUGAUGACGUGAACGAGUGUGACAGUAACGACAGGUGCCAACAUGGCUGCCAGAACAUGCUGGGCGGCUACCGUUGUAACUGCCCUCAGGGCUACACACAGCACUACCAGUGGAACCAGUGUGUGGAUGAGAACGAGUGCUCCAACCCGGGCAGCUGUGGAUCGGCCUCCUGUUACAACACGCUAGGCAGCUUCAAGUGUGCCUGCCCCUCAGGCUACAGCUUCGACUCAUUCAGCAGCAGCUGUCAGGAUGUCAACGAGUGCUCCAACAAGAACCCCUGUAGCUACGGCUGCUCCAACACAGAGGGAGGCUACCUGUGUGGUUGCCCGCUGGGAUAUUUUCGCAUGGGCCAAGGUCACUGUGUGUCAGGCUUGGGCUUUGGGAAGGGCCAGUAUGAGGGGCCAGAGAUAGAAGACAACACUCUCUCCCCAGAGACCUGCUACGAGUGUAAGAUCAACGACUACCCCAAGAAGCACGGCCGCAAGAGGCGCAACGCCAAUGGAACGCAACCCAUAGAGCACAACCAGGUGAGCCUAGCCAGUCUGGACAUGGAAGUUCCUGUCACCCUGCUGCUCAACGUGUCCCAGCUCAACCCCAAGGAGCACAUCCUGGAGCUGGUGCCUGCCAUCAAGCCCUUGGUGGGCCACGUGCACUACGUCAUCACCAGCGGCAACCGCAAAGGCCUGUUCCGCAUCCAGCAGCGUGGCGGCCUCUACUACCUACACAGCACCAAGAGGAAGGGGGCACUGUCGACACCGCAGGAUCACACGCUGGUGAUCGCCAGCUUGCCGCUCUAUGGCAAAGCCCAGUUCAAAGAGCUGGAGGACCGCCGGGACCAAGACUACCUUACGGGGGAACUGGGGGAGAACCUGCGCAUGAGGCUGCACAUCCGACUGCAAUAGUUGGAGUGGGAUUUGGGGAAACACAGGGAAAAAACCCUUGUUUUCCCUUCAAACUGGUGUUUUUCAGUUCACCAUUUUAAAGCCAAAUGAGUGGAAGGAAAUGGGGUUUUUGUCUUCUUCUUCUGGUUUGCAUUUCUUUCUUGUUUUUUGUGUUUUUGACCUCAAAGUACUGUCCAGAAUCUCUCUAGGGCAGCCCAAAGUACUGUCCAGAAUCUCUCUAGGGCAGCCCAAAGUACUGUCCAGAAUCUCUCUAGGGCAGCCCAAAGUACUGUCCAGAAUCUCUCUAGGGCAGCCCAAAGUACUGUCCAGAAUCUCUCUAGUGCAGCCCAAAGUACUGUCCAGAAUCUCUCUAGUGCAGCCCAAAGUACUGUCCAGAAUCUCUCUAGUGCAGCCCAAAGUACUGUCCAGAAUCUCUCUAGUGCAGCCCAAUGUACUGUCCAGAAUCUCUCUAGUGCAGCCCAAUUCUAAAAAAUAAUAAUAAACUUUCACUGAUUCGUUUUUUCAGUGGAAAAUAUAUCAGAAUUGAGCUGCCUGUGUAAACACAGCCUAGGAAAAGAGAGUGACUCGAAGCAUGAACAUGAGACUUUACAUCUUUCACAGGUUCUCCCUCGCUGUGAGUGACCUCAUGCCAUGACCAUGUACACGAGUGGAAGACCAAGAGCAAGACAUGAUGUUCAAAUUACCUGGACAGUUUAGUUGGUCAGUUCAUGGUAAGGAAAUAGCAUGUGAUGUUCUGGCGAUAGGCAGGCUCUGAAAGUACACACGGCUAGUACAUCUGCAGCAUGGUGGGUUGCUACAAUACAGUUGGACAAUUUUACGGAGGUCAGCUUGGUUAUUUUAGUGACUAGACACACUCUUGGUGAAUUCCUAGUUGACUGUUGUAGAGCUGCCACAGUCCCACAUUAAUUUUGUAGUGGUCCGACAGACUAUUGCAGCUCUGUGGCUGUGAACUUGUAAAUUGAGCAUUACAGGGCAUAGCACCCUCCUGUAAGAGUUGGUAUCCAGGCCUAUUGGUCGUGGUAGAACAUUGUCAAUAUGGGAUUUGGUGCCUUCAAAAAGGGAAACUGAUAUUUUAGGACACAACAUGGAAUCACAUCAUUAUAAAGAAUGAUAGUAAUUAAAAAUAAAAAUUGUAUUCUUACAUAUGUACAUAUUAACAAUCAGUAUUUCAAUUAUUGUGAACUGAUUUUUUUUGUAUUUAUUUUAGUAUUUAAUACAAAGUUGUACACUAUUGGUCAAAUUCACAUCUAAUAAAAUGACACACACAAAAAAAAAGUAGCAUUUACGUUUUUACACACCCUCAAUGUGUAUUCUCUUCGUGUAUUACAGAAACACACAUCAGUUGUUAGAAACACACGUGUUUUGUACAAUAUACAGGAGUAUGUAUGUUCAUAUUGCACAAUUACCUCAACGUUUAGUCUCUACAGAUAAGGCUAUGUGACCAAUGAAAGCAUGUAUCAAUCCAAUUUCUUAAAUCAGCUGUUAAAGGAUAUUGGUUUAUUAGAAUUUAGUUUCUGUUGAAUGAAAAUUGACCAUGGAAGUCAUUGAGAAAGAGGUGGGCGCUAUCCCACUUAGGGAGAUGCUUCACUCAUUGAAACGUUUGACCAAAGAGAAGUGUGUUUCAGUAAUAAAUAUGAAGCUGCCUGGAGGUGUAAUGCACGGUCAUAUGUAAUCAAAGACUGUAGAUGUGGUGAACACCUUGUUUUGCUUUUUGCUUUGUCUUCCAUUUAAAAGCUUUUAUUUCAUUUCUCCCGUGGCAUCAGUUCUCAAAAUGUAAGUCACAUUUGGUUGCAGGAUUUCUAUACUCGCUAAGAAGCAAUAGCAAGUAGCCCACAGAAACCAGGACAUUUAUUUUGUUGUCAUUUUGUUUACAUGUUUAAAUAUAUCUACACAUAGUAAACUAACAGGGGUACAGUCAAUAAUGUAUAUAAACACUAGAUCACCCACAGGGGGUGUUGUUUUGAAGCCACUGCACCACCAUCUUUGUUCUCCUCCACCAUUGUUUUAAAGGUUUUGGAAAAUAUAGAAAUGCAUUUAUCAAUGUCUAUAUUGCAGAUACCUUAUCACAUACUUUUUACAUUAUAUUUUAUGAACUGAACUAACCCGUAAAGUAUACUUUUUUGAAAGUACUGCUACUGUUCCCGCUACAACAAAGAAAUACUUAGAUCCCAUGUAAUUUUAUUCUUUUAAUAUUCCAUUCAUUCAUAUGGAGGACUGCGCCUUCUAAGCAGUACACUUUUAGAAAAAAAAAAAAACGAUUAAAAAAAACAAAAAGAGGGUUAUUUCGGCUGUCCCCAUGGGAACCAAAAAGGGUUCUUCAAAUGGUUAUCCUAUGGGGACAGCCGAAGAACUCUUUUCGGUUCAGAACCUUUUUUUUUUUCUCCUAAGAGUACCAAUAUGGUGGCAAUGGCUUCAGAGCCUCUCAUUGGCCAAUACAUAGCAUCCGCAAUCUAGUAUUUAUAUACAUCAUUGGGUACAAUGACUCAUGUACACAAACAUGCAAUAGCCUUUUGUUCUACAGUUUUUUGUUUGGGCGGCGAUGUCCUACUAACAACGUGUAAUACAUUUACGUAACGAUGCUACAUCAACAGUAAGUAGGAGUAUUGCUACUAGUAUUAUAAAUGCUCCCUACUUAGGAUGUUGUUAACGAAACCAUUAGACAAUAUAGAGGUACUGUAGCGAUGUCGAACUGGUGCUCAAUGAUGGCAGUAUUGUAUACACAGACAUUUUCAGAAGUAACAAACUUACUGCAUCGAUGCGAAGACUGAACAUUCAUGUGAAAACAAAUGUAUAACAGUCGGUUUGUUGUUGUAUUUUUGAACUCUUGAACUGAACGUAUUCUUUUUUUACAUGUUACCAUGCAGUUGCUCACAAAUAGAUAUGUUUGAAUCUUUGUACUGAUGUCCAGUUUUAUUCAUUGUAAAUCUUUUUACAGUAAAGGUGUUGUUUUUUU